AUGUCUGCUGAUGAUGCAAUGACUGGAUUUCUUCAGGCAACACUCCAAAAGCCAACUCAUGUAGUCCUUUCAACAGGUUCCCAAUUAGUAGGUACACUUUGCACUAUAGAUGCGUUAUUCAAUCUAGUUCUUCGCGAUGCAGUUGAAAUGUCAAAUGGUAAUGAAGUUGGCAGAUACCAAAGUAUUUUUAUUAGAGGAAAUCAAGUUAUUCAUGUAGCUACUGCUGAUUGA